CUCUGUCAUAUGAGCAUGAAUUCCACAGACGUAACAGACAGUUCUCUCUAUCUUUGGGAAAAAGUGGUAAUUGGGUUUGUUCUCACAGUCCUCAUUCUUGUGACUGUCUGUGGCAAUGUAAUGGUGUGCCUGGCUGUGUAUUACAACCGUCGGCUUCGCAGCCUAACCAACUGUUUCAUUGUCUCCUUGGCCUUCACGGACCUGCUGCUGGGCCUACUGGUGCUACCCUUCUCAGCCAUCUAUGAGAUCUCCUCCCAUGUGUGGCCCUUUGAUACUAUCUUGUGCAAUGUCUACAUCAGCUUGGAUGUCAUGCUGUGUACAGCCUCCAUUCUCAACCUCUUCAUGAUUAGCCUAGAUCGCUACUAUGCCAUCACAGCUCCUCUCCGUUACACCACUGUGGUCACUCCUCUACGGGUGGCUGUCGCUAUGUUCCUGAUCUGGGUGGUGUCACUCAUGGUCUCCUUCCUACCCAUCCAUUUGGGCUGGAACACCAAUGACACAACUGUCCAGAAUACACGGUCAUCAAAUGAGAAGAGGGAGUGCAAGCUGGAGGUCAAUUCUAUGUAUGUACUGGUGGAUGGCUUGCUGACUUUCUACCUCCCUUUGCUUAUCAUGUCCAUCACAUACUAUCGGAUCUUCAAAAUAGCCAGGGAACAAGCCAAGAGGAUUAACAAUACGAACUGUUGCAAGACCGAUAGACAUGCAUUGCCCACCGUGAAGGAACACAAAGCCACAGUGACUCUUGCAGCUGUGAUGGGGGUCUUCAUUGUCUGCUGGUUUCCUUAUUUUACAGUGUUCACAUACCGAGGCAUAAAGGGUCAGGUGUACGAAACACUGAUGACCAUUGUCCUGUGGCUUGGGUAUGCCAACUCAGCUGUGAACCCUGUUUUAUAUGCUGCACUGAACAGGGAUUUCCGGACAGCUUAUCAACAGUUGCUCAGGUGCCGGAGAGUGUGGCCAGAUGCCAGAGAGACUCCCCUGACAUGUGGAAUGAGAGACAAGAGCUGUAAUCAGGCCCUGAGCAAGCAGGAAGAGAAACCACUGCAGCUACAUGCAGUGAAUGGGAAGGAAAACCCUUGCAUCAAAGAUCACAUAGAAAGGAAUCUGAACCUGCCAUGUGAUACAUCGUCCUCUACUACCCUGUCCUGCUGCCAAAGUCCCUGGUUGGCCAAGGUUCUUCCCAAGAGGACCCAGUGGAUCCCAAUGUUUGAGGAGCCAAUGACAAUGGUGCAGAAAAGACGGGACCCCUCGACACCCCAUUCAGUUCUCUACUGUGUCUUCUCCUGAGCUAGAACCUGCUUUCUUAUGAAAUCAAAAGUAGCAAAGAAUAACCCAAGAUGGCUCAAAGAUGGCUGGAAUUUGUUGCAACUGACAGGCACAUUAUCUCAGCCUGGUCAAGGUGGCUUACUUUGGGUUACUCCAAUUGCAAGGACUUGGAUUUUGCUGUAAGACUCUGGACUGUAAUAUGCGGGGUGUGUCCAUAUGCACA